CCCAGCCUGGAUGAAACACUCGUAGCACCUGAACUUAGGUAGACUGUCACGAUAUGAGCUCCACGUGAAAAGCACGACACGGACAGGCAGCACCGUGUUUUCAGCAAACGGUGGUUCUGAACUAACAGCGACCGAGCACACUCCAGAAAGUAGACCAGAUCGCUGUCUCCGGACGAACGUAACAGGAAAAUACAGUUUGUAUUUCAAGGAUUAUCAUGUUCCUUCGCUGUCUUGACAAGCGUGAAGAGGACACACGUUCAAAGUUGGACAUGCUCUGGUGGCAAGGCUGAAACGCGCGUUCCAGACUGUUGCCUUUCUUGGUGAUGGACACACAGUGGUUCAACAAACUCUGAUGGUCUUUAGCUCCCUGUUGCAUUCAGCAGUCCUGUCGUAGGGGCGGCUGAGGGGGCAGACCCUUCAUGCACUGAACUCAUACAAUGACCGACCCCAUCAUGGACUUCUUUGAUGACCCUAACAUAUUUGGGGGAGGGCUUGACAGCCUAGUCCAGGAUGAUCCCGGGUUUACCCCUGGGGCAGUGUCCUUGGAUGAUGAACUUCACUUGGGUCCUAGUUUGGAGAAUCUUCAGGUGGAUGCAGGGCCCAGAUCUUCUACCAUCCAACAUGGGAUACCCUACAGUCAACCUGUGGGGCAUUUUGACACUGUGAAGGCACAGACCUCAAUAGAACAGUCCUUUCCUAGUCCAGACGUAGGUAGCAAUGAUGGAAGAUCUUUUUUGUCACAGCAGCAGCCAUUUCAAAGGCAUACUAUGAACCAAGUGCCCCAGACCAAUGGACUGUUUCUUCACAACAGCCCCAUGUGGGGAAACCAUGAUCAAAAAGGGAAUAACUACCAUCAGCACCAUCAACACCACCAACAACUUCAUCAACAACUUCAACAUAAACACUUUCAACAGCAACAACAGUUUCAGCAGCAUCAAGCUCAACAUCAGCAGUACAGUCAUCAGCAUCUUCAGCAGAGACAGCACAGUCUCAAUCAACACCCGAUCUCGAACCAGCUGCAGCUUCCACACCAACAAAUAGCCCAUCAGGGCUUGCACCACAUUGCACCACAACAUCUCAAUUUUUACUAUGAGGGCAAUGUCCCCCAAAAUCAUUCCCAGCAGCACCACCAUAACUCGCUCAGUGUAGAGGGUAGUCCUUUUCACCCUACAGUUGCCCAAAGUGGUCAUUCACAGUCCAAACAGUAUCUCGAGGCCUCAAUGAGGCCUGUGUCUUCUCAACAAAGUGGCUUUCAGGUGGCACAAGGGGUCCAAGGGUUUACUACAGGUCCAAGGUUGGAAGACAAUGACCUGGCCUUCCCUGUCCAGCCUUCCCCUGCAACCCAUUCUUUUCAAACUGACUCGGUUAGCCAUGCUUCGUCCUAUCCCACUGCUCGUUACGCUCCCAGUGUGGUAAAUGAAACACAGUCUUACUCCUCUGCCCCAGUAUCUAUUACAACCUCUUCUAUGGCCAUCUCACCAUCUGCUUCAAACCUGUUGGAUACUGGUUGUCCUUUCCUGUCUAAUUCCGGAAUGGAACAUCAGCAGCAACAAGUCAGAAUACCGGGAAGUCCAGCACAACAGUGCCCUUUACGUAGCUCCAAAUCGGACCAGAAUCCCUUCAACUCCUCUGAGGUGUUCUCAGAUGGUCUGAACUCAUUCUCUGCAGACCGUCCGUUCUCUACGGCAGAGCGAAGGACAUGUGAUGUGCCUGGACCUUUGGUUGCGAACCAGAGCGUAAGCAGCAUUAAUGGGUUUCAGGCUCUGGAGGAGGUCUUGCUUGGAGAGCAACAUGAUCAAAGACUUGACGACCUAAGUGAAGCUCCUGACCUAAUAGGAGAUGAGCUGUUGCCUCAGCUGGAGGCACUAGACCAGGAAGAGAACUCUAAUCACUCUUGGAUAAAUGUAGGACUGGGGAAUGGCCGAGAAGAGGAAGUGAAGGGGCAGGAAAGCAUGGAGGAUCUGCCAAUGGUAUAUGAUGCACAGCCUCCUAAGAACACUAAUGGUCCUAGCAGCCAGCCGCGGGUACUCAGCCCACCAGUGAAAAGCAGCUCCUCUUCUUCCUCUUCGUCAUCCUCGUACGUAUCCGUGUCAGAGAAGAGGGUGCAGAAGCGACAUCAUCAGCAUCAGCAUCAGCAGCAGCAGCAGAUGGAGUCACCCCUUUCGGACGAUAAACAACAGAAGGCCAAUCGAAUCAUCUCGGAGGCCAUCGCCAAAGCACGAGAGAGGGGAGAGAAAAAUAUUCCGCGCGUCAUGAGUCCUGAAAGCUUCCCGUCUUCGUCGUCACAGCACCGCAGUCACAGGGCAGGUUCCUCCAAGUCCAGAGGCAAGGAUAAGAGUUCCAAGAAGGCCCGGAUUGUGUCGUCAUCCAAGCCCAAGCAAAAGGCUAAAAUUGGGAAAAUCGUUAUAAAGUUCGGAAAGAAGAAGAGAAAGAAGACAGAUUCCUCAGAUGAGCUGUCUGAUGAUGACAGACCAACUCGACGAUCCUCUAAAGAUGACGAUUCGAAGCGGCGUUCAAACCGGAAGGUCAAGAGGAAGAAGUAUGAGGAUGAUGGUGAGGCUCGACUGUCUGAUGAAGAAAUGAAGGUCAUCGUCAAAGCCAAGAAGAGCAAUCCCAACGCUCACAAACAACCUGCAGUGCAGCUGUUUGUGGAGAACCCAACUGAGGAAGAUGCUGCUGUGGUUGAUAAAAUCAUGGCAUCUCGUGUAGUGAAAAAUGAGGUUUCUCCUGGAGUGAUGGUAGAAAUUGAAGAGUAUUAUGUCAAAUACAAAAACUAUUCAUAUCUUCACUGUGAGUGGGCGACGGAGCAGCAGUUAGAGAAAGACAAGAGGAUCCAGCAGAAAAUCAAGCGCUUCAAGAUCAAACAAGCGCAGAAAGCACACUUCUUUGCUGAUAUUGAGGAGGACCCAUUUAAUCCUGACUAUGUAGAAGUGGACCGAGUUCUUGAAGUCUCAUACUGUGAGGACAAGGACACCGGAGAGCCGGUGGUGUAUUAUCUGGUGAAAUGGUGCUCAUUGCCAUAUGAGGACAGCACAUGGGAGCUGAAGGAAGAUGUAGACCAGACUAAGAUUGAAGAGUUCAAAAAGCUGCAGGCAGCAAAACCACACACCACCAGAGUGGAGCGUCCUCCAGCAAGUCACUGGAAGAAGCGGGAGCAAUCACGAGAGUAUUGUAAUGGAAACUGUCUCAGGGAUUACCAGCUGGAGGGGGUCAACUGGCUUCUUUUCAACUGGUACAACAGGCGUAACUGUAUUUUGGCGGAUGAGAUGGGUCUGGGAAAGACCAUCCAGUCUAUUACGUUUUUGGAUGAGAUCUAUCGCACAGGGAUAAAAGGGCCGUUCCUCAUCAUCGCCCCUCUCUCUACCAUCGCCAACUGGGAGAGAGAGUUCAGAACCUGGACGCACCUCAAUGUCAUUGUGUACCAUGGCAGUGUGGUCAGCAGACAGAUGCUUCAGCAGUAUGAGAUGUACUUCAGAGACGCGCAGGGUCGUGUGAUAAGAGGUGCUUACCGGUUUCAGGCAGUCAUUACAACAUUUGAGAUGAUUUUGGGAGGCUGUCCAGAACUUAAUGCAAUAGACUGGCGCUGUGUCAUCAUUGAUGAAGCCCAUCGACUCAAAAAUAAGAACUGCAAGCUACUGGAGGGCUUCAAACUUAUGAGUCUGGAACAUAAGGUGUUGUUGACGGGCACUCCCCUACAAAACACGGUAGAGGAACUCUUUAGUCUGCUGCACUUCCUGGAGCCAACCCGCUUCCCUUCUGAAAACACCUUCAUGCAGGAAUUUGGAGACCUCAAGACUGAGGAGCAGGUCCAGAAACUCCAGGCCAUCCUGAAGCCGAUGAUGCUGCGUCGUCUUAAGGAAGACGUGGAGAAGAAGUUGGCCCCUAAAGAGGAGACCAUCAUUGAAGUGGAGCUUACCAACAUUCAGAAGAAAUACUACCGCGCCAUACUAGAGAAGAACUUCUCAUUCCUUGCUAAAGGAGCUGGCCAAGCCAAUGUUCCAAACCUGCUCAACACCAUGAUGGAACUGCGGAAAUGCUGCAACCAUCCCUACCUCAUCAAAGGGGCUGAGGAGAAGAUCUUGGAGGAUUUCAAGGAGGUGUACAGCCCCACAGCAGUAGAUUUCCACCUGCAGGCUAUGAUUCAGUCGGCAGGUAAACUCGUUCUCAUUGACAAGCUGCUCCCCAAGAUGAAGGCUGGUGGACACAAAGUGCUCAUCUUCUCUCAGAUGGUGCGCUGCCUGGACAUCCUGGAAGACUACCUCAUCCAGAGAAGAUACCUCUAUGAGCGGAUAGACGGUCGUGUACGUGGGAACCUCCGUCAAGCAGCAAUAGACCGUUUCAGUAAACCGGACUCCGAUCGAUUCGUCUUCCUGCUGUGUACACGAGCAGGUGGUCUCGGUAUUAACCUCACAGCUGCCGACACCUGUAUCAUCUUUGACUCUGACUGGAACCCACAGAACGACCUGCAGGCUCAGGCUCGCUGCCACAGGAUUGGUCAGAAUAAAGCUGUUAAAGUAUAUCGACUAAUCACACGUAACUCGUAUGAGCGAGAGAUGUUCGAUAGAGCCAGUCUGAAGCUGGGAUUGGAUAAAGCAGUGCUUCAGAGCAUGAGUGGACGGGACAACAGUAUAGGAGGAGGAGGGCAGAUGCAACAGCAGCUCUCUAAGAAGGAAAUUGAGGACCUUCUGCGGCGUGGAGCUUAUGGUGCCAUAAUGGAUGAGGAAGAUGAGGGGGCUAAAUUUUGUGAAGAGGACAUUGACCAAAUCUUGCAACGCAGAACCAAGACCAUCACUAUUGAAUCGGAGGGUCGGGGCUCCACCUUUGCCAAGGCCAGUUUUGUAGCUUCAGGGAACAGAACAGACAUCUCUCUGGAUGACCCCAACUUCUGGGACAAGUGGGCCAAGAAAGCAGAGAUUGACAUGGAUACAAUCAAUGGCAGAAACAGUCUGGUGAUCGACACCCCUCGGGUCAGGAAACAGACCCGGCCGUUCAGCGCCACUAAGGACGAGCUGGCUGAGCUCUCUGAAGGGGAGAGCAGUGGAGACGACAAACCCAAACUCCGGCGACCACAUGACCGUCUCAACAGCUAUGGCCGCACAGAGUGCUUCAGGGUGGAGAAAAAUCUGUUGGUGUAUGGGUGGGGCCGCUGGAAGGACAUCCUGGCUCAUGGCCGCUUUAAGCGACAGCUGAGUGAGCGUGACGUAGAGUGUAUAUGCAGGGCGCUCCUGGCAUACUGCCUUGUGCAUUACCGUGGAGACGACAAAAUCAAGAGCUUCAUGUGGGAUCUAAUCGCUCCCACGGAGGACGGCAGGACCAAGGAACUUCAGAACCAUUUGGGUUUAUCGACUCCAGUACCGCGAGGCAGAAAGGGAAAGAAGAUGAAGACUCAGUCAAGCUCAUUUGACAUCCAGAAGGCAGAGUGGAUCCGAAAACACAACCCAGAACACAUGUUGUCUGAUGAUGGGUACAAGAAACACUUGAAACACCACUGCAACAAGGUGCUGUUGAGGGUCAGAAUGCUGUACUAUCUGAAACAAGAGGUGAUUGGAGCACAGUGCCAAAAAGUGUUGGAUGGGAUAGAUGCCAGUGAGAUAGAUAUCUGGGUUCCUGAGCCAGAUCAUUCAGAGAUGCCUGCUCUGUGGUGGGACAUGCUCUCGGACAAAUGUCUGCUGUUAGGAGUGUAUAAGCAUGGUUAUGAGAAGUACAACACUAUUCGUGCAGAUCCAGCACUGUGUUUCUUAGAAAGGGUUGGGAGGCCAGACGAGAAGGCCAUCGCUGCUGAACAGAGAGGAAAUGACUUUAUGGAUGGGGAUGUGGACGACCCUGAGUAUAAGCCUGCUCCAGCUUUGCUGAAGGACGAUAUGGAGGACGAUGCUUCCUCCCCGGGAGACCUGGUCAUCAGUGAUGCAGGUGGAGAAGGAGGGUCUGUAUUAGAUGGUGGAGGUGGGUCUCUGGGUGCUGGCUCAGGGGUGUACUGGCCCUCGCCCUCCACGCUGACGGCCCGGCUGCGGCGUCUGAUCACUGCAUCUCAGCGAUUCACCAAGAGCAGACAGAUACUUCAGAUCCACCAGACACAGCAGUCCAUGACCCCUGCCCUCUACACCCUGCCUCCCACGAUCAGCGACACGCUCAAUCCCAAAAUUGCUGCUAAGAUUGAAAGACAACAACGGUGGACGCGGAGGGAGGAGGCAGAUUUCUACCGUGUGGUUUCGACAUUUGGGGUAGUGUUUGAUCCGGAUUUGGGCCGUUUUGACUGGACCAAGUUCAGAGCCAUGGCUCGACUGCACAAGAAGACUGACGAGAGUCUACACAAGUACCUGUGUGCCUUUAUUGCCAUGUGCAGGAGGGUCUGCCGCCUACCCGCCAUAGAGGGAGAUAUGGUGGACUCCUCUCUUGCUAUUCAACCGAUCACAGAGGAGCGUGCGUCCCGUACCUUAUACCGCGUGGAGUUGCUGCGGAAGAUAAGAGAACAGGUGUUGCGUCACCCUCAGCUUUAUGAGCGUCUAGCACUGUGCCAGCCAGGACCGGAUCUUCCAGUGUGGUGGGAAACAGGAUCCCACGAUAGAGAUCUUCUUCUUGGGGCAGCCAAGCACGGAGUCAGCCGAACAGACUACCACAUCCUCCGUGACCCGGAGCUCUGCUUCAUUGCGGCCCAGAGGAACUACAGCCAGAACAAGGGAACUGUAUCACAAUCCCAAGCCCAGAAUCAGACGCCUUCGCUGGGACAGUGUCACAUCCCGACCCCCCUCCAGCACAUUCAGGCUAAAGAGGCUUCUGCUUCACCACUCCUAAACCAAACUGAAAUGAAGGAGGAGCUGAUGUCAGAGGGAGAAGAAGAGAAUGUAGAGCGAGGGCCCAAGAUGGAGACGCUCUCUAUCAGACCACCCACACCUUCAGGAGUGGACGAGAAAGAUGAUGUCAACAAAGCAGGAGAGAGUGAGAGUCGGAUGGUGGCGGCCAGAACAAAACCACUCACGCCGAACUCAGUAACUCGAAAACAAAAGAAGCUGAGUAAGCGGAGCCGCAGGGAGGCCAGGAGGGGGUCGGGAUCAGAAUCGGACUCGGACGCCUCCUCGUCCAGCUCUUCGUCAAGUUCUUCAUCAAGAUCUUCUUCCUCAUCCUCGUCUUCAUCACGGUCGGGAUCUAGUUCCUCAUCCUCGUCUUCCUCCUGUUCUUCGGGCUCCUCAUCUUCAUCAUCAUCAUCAUCCUCAUCUUCAGAAGACAGUGACAGCGAAGAGGUACCAAAGAUCGCGUCAGCAGUACCUGGUGUUAAAGGCUUUGACGAAGACAGCGUUGCCUCACUCAACACUACACAAGAUGACAUGCAGGACAGUCAUGUGACCAAUGGUAUCUCUAACCCUCCCCACCCUUUCCAGGGAGGCUAUAUGCUUGCUGCCUCCUACUGGCCAAAGGACCGUGUCAUGAUAAACCGGUUGGACAGUAUAUGUCAGGCAGUGUUGAAGGGCAAAUGGCCAGGGGUUCGUCGUGCAUAUGAAGGCAAUGCAGUGACUUCUUUCUACACCACUAAACUCCUGGACAACGCAACUACGCUAACAGAAGACCCCUCAGCUUCCCCUCAGGGUUCAAAGGUGAAGAAGCAUGUUGCAGACAGAGAAAAGGAGUUCUCAGUCAAAAUCAAUAACGAGGGCAGCCUUAAACUGACCUUCCAGAAGCAAGGCCUGCCUCUGAAGCGCCCCCUGGAGGGUGAGGAAGGACCUCUCGCCCAACAGCAGUACUUAGCCCGGCUACAAGAGUUACAGAAUGCAUCUGAUACCAGCCUAGCGGACUACACCAAAACACUGAACAGCUAUCCACAAGGUAACAAAUACUGUACUGUAAACACUGUACACAAUGUACAACACUGGAUGACACUACAAAUGCAUGCUGUUUGUGGUAUUGUAGUACUGCCAGAGCAAAUGCGAGUGAAUGGUGUGAUGGAUGGACAGCCCGUAGUGAAGAAGAGGAGAGGACGGCGGAAGAAUGUGGAGGGGAUGGACUUGCUGUUCAUGAACAGAAACAGGCCUCCUGUGAUGCCAGAGCAGGCUCCUGCUGGCUGGAGUGGUGGCGUCGCAAGUACAUCCGCUCCCCCUGGUCUGAGCACACCUCAAGGGCCCAAUACCAUCGAUACGGAGAGCCGCGUUCCCGUCAUCAGCCUCAAAGAUGGGACGCGACUAGCUGGAGAGGACGCUCCAAAACGGAAAGAUCUUGACCAGUGGCUGAAGGAGCACCCGGGCUUCGUGGCAGAUGUGGGAGCCUUUAUCCCUAGUGCAACCAAGCUGCAGUUUCAAGACGGCAGACCAAAACAGAAAAGACAUCGCUGCAGAAACCCCAACAAAAUUGACAUCAACAGCCUGACUGGAGAAGAGCGAGUACAGAUUAUCAACAGGCGAAAUGCUCGCAAAAUUGGUGGUGCGUUUGCACCUCCUCUGAAAGAUUUAAGCCGGUUUCUGCAAGAGAAUCCAGAGUAUGGCGUCCCACCAGAGUGGGCUGACGUUGUUAAACAGUCUGGUUACCUUCCUGAAAGUAUGUUCGACCGCAUCCUUACUGGCCCCAUCGUUCCCGAAGAGGUGAGCCGACGAGGUCGACGCCCCAAAAACGCUCUGGCUAAAGCAGCCACCGUGGCCAGUGCCAGUGCCAGUGCCAACGCUGCCCUGGGGCUCAACCCACUCCUAUCCAACGGCCUCCUCGCUGGGCUGGACCUGCCUAGUCUUCAAGCUCUUCAGCACAACCUCCAGAGUCUCCAGUCUCUCCAACUCACCACUGGCCUAAUGGGACUGCCUCAUGACCCCACCAACAUGGCCGCCAUGUUUCCAAUGAUGCUGUCCGGAAUGACUGGCCUGCCGAACCUCCUUGGGAUGAGCGGUCUCCUCGGAAAGCCCUCGCAGGAUGCGGCGGGUGGAGCUUUGACAGGCGACGAGGACGGAAAAAAGAAGAACGGCGGAGAGUCCGCCACGCACAAAGCGUCGGCUCAGACUUUGAUUACAGAUGGCAAAUCAGAAAGGACAGAGGGUCAAAGCUCCAAAGCCACCACCUCGACGGCCACCAACUCAAAUCAAACAAGUGCUUCUGCUUCAGGCCACUCACUGGCCCUCAACCCCCUUCUCCUCUCUAGUAUGCUCUACCCAGGGAUGCUUCUUACUCCAGGCCUUAACCUGCCUGUGGCCAACCAGCCGCAAGCUGCAAACACUCAGCCAACCCCACCGCUGCAACCUGCUGCCUCUGAAGCCACGGCCCAGCAGCCCGGCCGCUCAGAGGACAAAGACAGCGAUGAGGGGGAGGAGCCCGACGAAAAGAAGGAUACCAGUGGUCCAGAAGGCUCGGCGAAGGCGGAGUCGUCCUCCUCCGAGUCCGACAGCUCCUCCUCGUCAUCCGAGGAUUCCGAUUCCAGCGACGAAGACUGAGUCUUUAUACAUGUAUAAAUAAAUAUUAUAUAUUUAUAUACAUCUCUUAGAAAUCUAUACAUAUACACGCAUAUAGGAAUUAUCCUGCAUUUACUACAUCAUGUUUUUUGUUUCCAUGUAAAUAUAAUAACUAAAGUGUUGUGUAAUGAAGAGGAAAAAAUGGAAAAUGGAGAUCCUAGAGAAACUGAAAUGAGAUUUCAGUGUUUGUUUAGGUACAAUGUCGUUUCGAAGAGACGUUUUGCAUGUCGAGAAAAAAAAAAAAAAACUUUGUGAAAUUGUAUUACACCAUGAUGUACAAUUGCAACAGACAAGAAGCAAAAACUAAAAGGCAUUAUUGUUAUAGUUAUGUCGGGAUUUAAUUUUAUUAAAGAAAUGAGGACGCUGUU